AUGGUUAGCCUCUGCCGCCAAAAUGGUAAUGUCAUCCAUAUAUAUUUUGAACAUGGUCCCUCUGUCCCUGAGUUUAUAGAUUAUAUGGAACUGUCUGAUGAUGAUGGAUGUGUUGGUGGAGAAGGUUCAUUUUCGGGUGACUCUUGGAAGUCAGAUGAGUUGAGGACUCCACCAAAUUCUAAUGACAAGGUAGACCCAGUUGUGAAUCCAAUUUUCAAUGAUGUUGCCAAGUUUGGCCAGAGAAAAACUAGAGUUCAAUUGUCUAGGACCAACAUUACAAGAUCUUUAGGAGAUGCUAGGAAGAUUGUGAGAGGUGAUAAAGCAUCCCUGUAUGCCAAGUUUAGCGAUUAUACAGAGGAGUUGUUGAGGUCAAAUCCAGGAUCUACUGUGAAACUAGGUGUAAAUGCACAACCUAAGGGAGACCCUAUCUUUCAGAAUUUUUAUGUGUGUCUUCAUGGUUGCAAGCAAGGGUUUGUGCAUGGAUGUAGACCCUCGAUUGGUUUGGAUGCAGCGUUUUUGAAAACUUUCUAUGGAGGAUGGCUAAUGUGUGUCGUGGAACAAGAUGCAAACAAUUACAUCUACCCCAUAGCAUGGGCUAUUGUUCCUGUUGAGAACACAACAACUUGGAAGUGGUUCUUGGAACUUUUACAUGAAAACAUUGGUUCCUAUCAGGAGCAUAACUGGGACUAUUUGGAUUUAAUGAAUGGACUCAUUCCGCACUUGUGGCAUAACUUCCAAAAGCGAUGGAAGGACAAGCACAUGAAAUCAUUGUUGUGGGCAUGUGUUAGAGCACAGACAGUUCCAGAGUUUAACAAAAGCAUGCAAACCCUCAAGACUAUUAAUGUGAAGGCAUGGGAGUAUCUGGACAAGAUUCCUAGACAAUCCUAG